GGGGCCGGGCGGGGCCUCGCGGCCGGGGCGGGGCGGGCGGGGGACCUAGGCCACCACCUCGCGCCGCGCAGUGCCUUCCCGGAGCGCGUCCUCAUCGCUGAACUUUCCAGAGCAGCCGUGACCGCAGCAGCAAUGGCCCCAACUUGGGUGCCCGCCGUGGGCUUCACCCUGGUGCCCAGCCUGGGGGGCUUCCUGAGCUCGUACUACUACGUCCGCGGGGAGGGCCUCCGCUGGUACGCCAGCCUGCAGAAGCCCACGUGGCACCCGCCCCGCUGGGCCCUGGGCCCCAUCUGGGGCACCCUCUACUCGGCCAUGGGGUAUGGCUCCUACAUGGUCUGGAAAGAGCUGGGGGGCUUCUCCGAGGAGGCUGUGGUUCCCCUGGGUCUCUAUGCUGGGCAGCUGGCCUUGAACUGGGCAUGGCCUCCCCUCUUCUUUGGCAGCCGACAAAUGGGUUGGGCGCUGGUGGACCUCCUGCUGAUGGGUGGGCUGGCAGGAGCCACGGCUGUGGCCUGGCACAGGGUGAGCCCACCAGCCGCCCGCCUGCUCUACCCGUACCUGGCCUGGCUGGCCUUCGCAGCCACACUCAACUACUGUGUGUGGCAGGACAACCAAGGCUGGCGUGGUGGCCGUCGGCUCGCCGGAUGAAAGUGCCCCGUCCUCUGAGGACCGCAGCUGCUGCCCAUCAGGUGCUGCCCGGGUGGUGGCCCUUAUACUUCCAUGGCCUUCCGGCCUGCGGGUCUGUCUGGGUCUCAGCCCCGGGGGUCACCACCAGCUUCAGAAGUGCCCCAGGCCGAGCCUCUGUCCCAGAAACGGCGUCCUGCGCUUUCCGCCCUGCCCCAAGCAUGCUCUCGGAACACGGAAGGUUAGAAGCGAAAUAAAGUUUCUAACCUCCUGGCA